UCGUUAAAUAGAAAAAAGCUGAAAAAUUUAGGAAUAAAUAGUUCUUUUCAUAAUUUAAAAUUCAAAUUUUAGAAAAAUAUUGUUAAGAAAAAAUCAAGAAAAGUUUGGCAUUAUGUAAGACAUAAUGUUCACAUGACUCAUAGGAGCUACACGUUAUUUUAUUCUAUUAAAUACAUUUUGAUUAAAUACAUUGAAGUUACAAUGAAGCGAGAAUAAAAGUGUUACUGUAUUUAUCACAUAAUACGAAAAUUUUGUCGAAUGUUUCAAAACCCUCAAAUGCCUUUCUUAACAAACCAUUUUGAGCAAUACAACAAUGCACUUAGUUAUCCACCCGAAAGCACAUUUAUGGGAAUGUUGCAAUCUCCAUAUUUUCCACAUUCAAUUUCUACUGAUUAUAGAUAUUUCAAUGCAAUAAAUUUAUGGCCUUUCCAACAACCCUUUUUACAAGACCAAAAUCAUAUGUUAGCUUCACUGCCUUCAAUAAAUGCCCCAAGUUCGUCAUUCCUUCCGAUUCCUGGAAAUUAUUUUACUCAACAAAGUCGCAUGACACAGACCGAAAAAUUCGAUUUGAAAAUUCCAAAUGUAGAAAAUGCAGAAAACAAUAUUAAUUUGGAUUCGCAAACAGUAAACCGUUUAAAAAGAGAAUUCUCAUAUAUUAAUACAGAUGGCUUUCGACCAGAUGAUGUAGAAUGUUUAUCUUUUUCUUCACUCCUAAAACCGAAAAUAAGUUUUGGUAAUUGUCCACAACGUGCAGAAAAAUGUGCUUCAAAUAAAGGAUUUUGUCUUGAUCACAAUAUUAACAUGACUAAAAAGGUUAAAAAUUGCGCAGGUACAGUUGCAUCUAAUUUAUUUUCUAAUGUUUAUGACACCGAUUCAUCAAAUGUUCUCAAUAAAAAUGCUGUUAAACUAAAAGAAAAACGAAAAAGAAAAAAGUCUGUUUAUUCAAAACAAUGCCCAAUUAUAGAUUGUUCAAAAAAAAAAGUUAAAGAUGUGGAAACUGUACCUUCAAUAAAAAGUAACAGUUUUACAACAUCAAAUAACUUUUUUUCAAACAACAAUCUGGAAAAGAGGCUAUAUUAUGAAAAUAACGAGUUUUAUGGUUACACUCAGUAUUUACGUAAACUAGCAUCUAUAGUUAGUGAUGUCAACUUUGAUGAUAGAUUAUCUCAAUUGUUUUAUAACCAGUUAUCUAGACCUUUUGAAGAUACUUGUAUGCAAUCUUUAAAAUAUUGUGAAAGAAAUGUUGAUAACUACGCAAGAAUCCUAACAGAAUCAAAGAAAAUGCAAUCAGUGUAUGCAGACUGUAGUCUUUCAAUGCAAUAUGAUAAAUACCCCUUACAAAUGCAGUUUGAUCAAGCUAUGGAAUAUUCAAACCCAAUUCUAAUGAAACAUUUGAGAUUAUCAGUAGAAUGAGUAAAAACUAUACUCUCAGCAAAAAAAUCAUCUUUUUGGGUUUCAUUUUAUGUAAUCGCGUGGUUAUUACAUGGUACAUAAAAAGCAUUUUAAUGCAAUCUUUUGCAAAAGAUUUUAAAUUUUUUUCAGUUAUAUUUUUAAACAUGAGUAAAUGUUUUAAA